CAUCCAAGGGCCUCUAAGGGUCCAAAUUAAUGCCAAAGGGUGACACCAACAAUUACAGAGACUGGAAGAAGAAGAAGAGGAAACAGCAGAGUAAAAGGGAACAAUCCAAACCCGGAACUUCCCAUGGAUGCUACCGAAUCGCAAACGGAUCUGCAGAACCGACCCGGAAUCUUCAUCAUAGGAUCCUCAAACGUUGGCAAACGCACCAUCAUAUCUCGACUGACCUCUGUUGAUGUUGAGGAUGCUUUUGAUUCGGCUUCUGAAGUGAAUGUCCAUGGGUGGACUAUCAAUAAUAAGUACUAUACUGCUGAUGUUUCUAUAUGGAUGGCUCAUCUUCGUGAUGAUUAUUCUGCUGGUAACAUGUCCAUGUUUCGACACAUGACUGCAUUGGUGAUGGUUUUUGACAUGAAUGAACCAUCUUCCCUAGCUGCACUUCGAGAAUGGGUGUCUCACACUGAUAUUCAGAACUUUGAGAUUUUACUGUGUAUUGGAAACAAAGUGGAUCUGGUUUCUGGGCAUCCAGCUCAUGCUGAAUACAGAAGGCGGUUGCUGAAACUAGAAGACUCUGCUGUAGAUCAUUAUUCAGAAGAGUAUGGAAUAUCUGAAUCAGAGGGAACUAGUUUAUUGGGGGAUGAGGCACCAGCAUGGGACAUCAGAAGGUCCUGUUUAGAAUGGUGCACUGAUCACAAUAUUGAGUUCAUCGAGGCAUGUGCUUCCAAUGCUGAUUUUGACAAAUGUUUGUCCAUAGAUGGUGAUUUACAAGGAGUUGAACGUCUCCAUGGUGCACUUUCUGCUCAUAUGUGGUCUGGAAUGGUAUUGAAAUCUGGGGAUAGGAUAAAUCAACCAUCAUUUCCUGAGAAAGAGGAGUUAUCUUCAGAAGAAUCUGACUAUGAACCUGAAUAUGAAGUAUUAUCAGCUGGUUCGGCUGAUCCCUGGUAUGAAAGUGAACAAGUAUGGGUUUCUGCAUCUUCCUUAGAAGCAGGGGGAUCAGCUCCUCAAAACAAUCCUAGUGCAGAGGGUCAACAGGAGGAUGGAAUUAAACCUGAUAAAGAGUUUGCGCCCACAACUUCAAGUGAUGCAAUUCAAGAUGAAAGUGAGAGGGAUGUGCUGCACAAUACCAUGGAUUCUGAAGGAGAUGAAAAGGCAGUCGAAGGUAAAUAUCUUGACUUAGAGGAUUUGGAACAGUUGAUGUCUGAGAUUGGGAAUAUGCGUGCAGGCUUAAGAUUGAUGCCUGAUUUUCAAAGAAGGGACAUGGCAGCAAAGCUGGCCAUGAAAAUGGCUUCCAUUUUUGGAGGAGAGAGUGACGAUGAGAAAAUUUAGUUGAUUUUGGAUGUAAGCUCAGUGAUUAGUUAUAGGUUUAAGGUUAGAUAGAUGAAUGUCAUUCUGGUUAUGCUUCUGCUCUGUUACUCUUUUUAAGGUCAAGUAUUCCUGUUUUCUCUACACAGUUUUAUAGUCUGUAUUUUCUGGAGCAGAACAUUUUGCUAAAAAUUUCGUGGUAAUUAACGUGGUGGUGAUGUUGUGAAAAACUGUCAGGUUACUUCCUGCUGCAGUUGUAAGUGUAGAACAGAUUGAAAACGUACAGGGACAAAAUGACAAAUAAAAUGUCUAAAUUUAUUUUUUA